AGCGCGCCAGCAAGGAGGCGCGGCACCGGCCUGGGGCACCGCGAGGAGCAGGGACGGGGACGUGGCAGCGCCCCGCGCAGCAGAAAGUUCCCUGGGAAGUUCCGCGCGACACGGCGCGGGAGCGGCGGGCGGGACCAUGAACGUGUUCCGAAUCCUCGGGGACCUGAGCCACCUCCUGGCUAUGAUCUUGCUCCUGGUGAAGAUCUGGAGGUCCAAGAGCUGCGCCGGCAUCUCUGGAAAGAGCCAGAUUCUUUUCGCUUUGGUCUUUACCACCAGGUACCUGGAUCUCUUCUCGAACUUCAUCUCCAUCUACAACACAGUGAUGAAGGUGGUUUUCCUCCUCUGUGCCUAUGUCACAGUGUAUAUGAUCUAUUGGAAGUUCCGGAAAACGUUUGACAUUGAAAAUGACACAUUCCGGCUGGAGUUCCUCCUGGUCCCCGUGACUGGCCUUUCCUUUCUGGUGAACUACAGUUACACGCCGAUGGAGGUCCUCUGGACCUUCUCCAUCUAUCUGGAGUCAGUGGCUAUCCUGCCACAGCUCUUCAUGAUCAGCAAGACCGGAGAGGCUGAGACCAUCACCACUCACUACCUGUUCUUCCUGGGGCUCUAUCGGCUCCUCUAUCUGGCCAACUGGAUCAGGCGGUACCAGACAGAGAACUUCUAUGACCAGAUCUCAGUAGUGUCUGGAGUUGUUCAAACCAUCUUUUACUGUGACUUCUUCUACUUGUAUGUGACCAAAGUCCUUAAAGGAAAGAAAUUAAGCCUCCCAGUGCCAGUUUGAAGAGAAGGGCAACCCUACGGCAGCUAAAGCAAACCAUCUGAUCAUUGCUUCAUGACUUCAAGCCAAGACUUGGGACUUCAUGUUAGAGUGACUGAUUGGUGUGAAUUUGAGCAAAACACCAUCUCGGCAUAAACGGCAGCAACCCCCUAAUACACCAUGGAUAGAAUGGGAUACCUGGCCCAUCUGCCCAAGCAUGGUGCCCUACGAGUGGCAAGUGAAGAGAAGCAGUAGAUACCUCCAUGAGUGGCUCAACUCCUUGCUUCCUUAGGACUACACAAGACUCGUGCCCAGGGCUGGGAAGAUCCAUUCAGAGAACCUCCCCAGAUCAGUGUGCUGAACUUGAGCCACAUGUCCACCUGCCCUGCAAGCUGUAAGCAGUCCAAAUAACUAGCUCUGCCAGUGCUUAGGACUUAUCUCAUUUGUUAGCUGAGGUGGACACCAUGGCCACUGUGUAAAUCCAUUCUGUGCUAAGAACCACCAAUGUAGCCUUCCCCUCCCAGCCUGAGGUGCUAAAUAGAAUGCCUAGUACACUCACCCUGCUUAAUGUUUUCGCUGCUUGGAGGAAAACAUUUAAGAGUACACUUAAACUCUUUUUAAGUUUUAAUGUAAUAAAAAGUUCACACCUUUA